AUUCAUCCCUGCGCCAGCUGCCGUUGUUCUGCCAUCUUUCUUGUGGGCAAGUAGUCUGCCCUCUCUCUUAUUUUGUUCUCUUCUCUUAUAGGCGGGGCUAAAUAGCAAUUUAGGAGGAAGUGGUUGAAAUCUUAUUCCACGUGGUCGGAUCUUGCAGUCUGGUGAAAUCAUGUUGCGACGGGAAGCCCGUCAGCGGCGAGAGUAUCUUUACCGCAAAGCCCAAGAGGAAAAGCUUCGGGCUAUCGAGGAGAAGAAGGAAAAAAUCAAGAAAGCGCUAGAUGAGAACUGCCUCAUCCCCACGGAAUUGCGGAAAGAGGCUCUCGUGCUCCAGAAGGCUCUUGAAUUUGAUGAUGGGGGUGGCGAAGGAGUGACAAGCCACGUGGAUGACGAGUACCGCUGGGCGGGUGUGGAGGAUCCUCGCAUUAUGGUCACCACGUCACGCGAUCCCAGCUCCCGUCUCAAGAUGUUUGCCAAAGAGGUCAAGCUAGUUUUCCCUGGGGCCCAGCGCAUGAACCGAGGACGGCAUGAAGUGGGGGCCCUUGUCCGUGCCUGCAAAGCCAAUGGGGUUACUGACCUGAUGGUGGUGCAUGAGCACAGAGGGGUGCCAGAUGGUCUUAUAAUCAGCCAUUUGCCCUUUGGCCCCACCACCUACUUCACUCUCUGCAAUGUGGUCAUGCGCCAUGACAUCCCGGACAUCGGCACCAUGUCAGAGGCACACCCCCAUCUCAUCUUUCACAACUUCACUUCCAGGCUUGGACAGCGGGUCACCAGCAUCCUCAAGUACCUCUUUCCAGUGCCCAAAGAUGACAGCAAACGGGUCAUCACCUUUGCCAACCAAGAGGACUACAUCUCCUUCCGGCACCACACCUACAAGAAGACUGAUCACCGGAAUGUGGAGCUCACUGAGGUUGGGCCGAGGUUUGAAAUGAAGUUAUAUAUGAUCAAAUUGGGAACCUUGGAGCAGGAGAGCACAGCUGACGUGGAGUGGCGCUGGCACCCAUAUACCCGCACAGCCAAGAAGCGGACAUUCCUCAGUGCUGAGUAGCAUGGAUUCGAACUGCGUGUCUCUCUUCCUCUUCUUGGCCUUUCCUCCUCCUCGCCAAGGAGCUGCAAUACAUAGGCUGUGUGCUGAGGCCUUCAUGAACGGGAUUCUUCAAGCUCGUCGUCCCAUAACCCUAUGCCCCUCCUAGGCCUGAAAGUCCCCAUGGCCUAUGCAGACAAAGGACCACGCACGCACUAAUGCCAAGCUUGCCCCAUCUGUACACAGAACAUUCUGCUCUAUUGCAGGCAACUCUAUCCUUCCAAAAACACAAUUAGAGAAGGCAGCAUCAGCGGCAGAGAGAAUGGAGGAUAUGCUUAUUGUAGCUGUUAAGGAGCAUGCUGGGUCUAUGAUGUAGCCUUGUCCAUCUUGAUGCUUUCCAGAUGUUGCUGGACUACAACUCCCAUCAUUAGGAACACAAGAAGCUGCCUUAUACUGAGACAUACUCACUGGUCCAUCUUGCUCAGUGUUGUAUACACCGACUGGCAGUGGCUCUCCAGGGUUUCAGGCGGAGUCACUCGGGCCUACCUGGAGAUGCCAGGGAUUGAACCUGGGACCUUCUGCAUGUGAAGGAGAUGCUGUACCACUGAGCUACGUCCCUUUGGCUGAGGCUGAUGGCAGUUGUAGUCCAAAACAUCUGGAGAGCACCAGGGUGGGCAAGGCUGAAUCCUGUUUCUCUCUGUCCCGUGGGGGCGCGUCACCUCGUGUGGCAAUGUUUCCUGGAAAGAGUGGAAGAACAGAAUGGAUUGCUAAGGUCCCAUUUCUCUCUUUGUUUCACUCUAAUUUUGUUUGAUGUAUCUCUCAGCUUUGCGUUCACAGAGAAUGUUUUUCUCAGGGAGGAUCCCUGAGAAGACUGCUAGAAAGCAGGACUUGUUGGAGGAGUUUUAGAAAAUGUGGGCAGGGAGGGAGGGGAAAAAUACACACACACCCCUUGGAUGAUAUAAAAUGCCUUCUUUCGGGUUGCUGUGGCAGCCUAAGUUCACUUGGUGAUACAGAUAUAAAGGGGGGGGCAACAAUGGAUUAAGGGGGCCAUUCCCCAACAUUGAUCUUAGUGGAUUUUUGAUACAAUAAAUCCUGUUAUUUCCAUUUUCUCUUGCCAGUGGUGCCCCUCAGGGCAGUUAAACCAUAGGGACAGGUAGCAUUGUCCAUAUGAGCUCCAAACUGGCACAGAACUUGUUAAGAGCUUGAGUGGAAGCAGGGCUCUGUGUAUAGUUAUUUCCAGGAAAGCCAGAGCCCCGGUUUUGGGAGAAGGAAGCUCUUAGUUCUCCAGCAAGAGAUUUGGAAAGAAAGCAACACAACUAAAGGCUCAGACUAAAAAUAAAACAAGGACAGGGACUCGUUCUGUGGGCCUGAUUUCCAGUAAGUUAAGGACAGCUUUCAUCUUUCUUCCUCAUACCUCCAUCCUCAUGUGCUCUCUUUUACAGUGUCUUUCCAAAGUAUUCUCUAUGUGAGAAUUUUGUCACAAUUGGAGAAUACCCUGCGAUGCAACUCAGUGGGUAGAGCAGCUGAUUUGAGGUGCCGGUGGGCCUCCUUUUUGUUCUCCAGCUGGCGAAAAAUGAAGGGUCUGCCUUCCGUUCCCCGUACUUGCACAGACUGGAUUACUGACAUGAUUGUUUGAAGAGGAGAAAUAAGGAAAACAUGGAUUGACAGGGGCGCGGGGAGAUCAGGCAGCAGCCUUUGCAGGAUGGAUUCGGUCCAGCGGUUGUCAUUAAAAGUACAAUUACUAUUUACAAAUUACCAAA